GAGGUAUACCAGCUAACCUUAGGUCAUACUAUAAUAUAAACUUAAAAUGACUCCUACUUUCCUCGAUAUUAUAUUUAAUAGAAACAUCAUCUCUUCUCAUACGAGACUCAAGUGUCUGUAAUGAGAAUUUCUUAUAUAUUCGGUUUCUGAAGCUUACCUAUUAUGCGUAGGUUCCUCUCCACCAUGACUCAACCUUUUCCGAAGCGGUUUGCGCCACUUAAGGGAGCAACGGCGGAACACCAUGACUUACCUAAAUUAAAGGGCGUAAUAUUCGACGUAGAUGGAACUUUAUGCCAACCCCAAAACCACAUGUUCACACAAAUGCGGCACGUCCUACAAAUCCCCAAAAGCGUCGACAUCCUCGAGCACAUAUACGCGCUCCCCACCCCUUCCCAGCGGGAAUCCGCCAUGGAAUCCAUCCGCGCCAUCGAGCGCGUGUCCAUGACACAGCAGGUAGCCCAGCCGGGGCUCACCGAACUCAUGACGUACCUCGACGGCCGCAACAUUCGCAAGGGCAUCUGCACGCGCAACUUCGAACAGCCCGUCACGCACCUGCUCACGAAGUUCCUGGCGGGAAGCGUUUUCCACCCUGUGGUGACGCGGGAUUUCCGUCCGCCGAAGCCGGAUCCGGCGGGGUUGCUGUUUAUUGCGCGGAGCUGGGGGCUUACGAGACGGGUUGAGGGGGAGGGGGAUGAGAGGGCGGUAAGAGAGGUUGUGUGUGAGGAGAGUGUGCGGAGCGGGGAGGGAGAGAAGGAGGGUGCGCUGGGGAGGGGCGAGGUUGGGGAUGCGUCGGGGUUGAUUAUGGUCGGCGACUCAAUCGACGACAUGACGGCGGGGCGACGCGCGGGCGCGGCUACCGUAUUGCUCGUCAACGACGUGAACCGCCACCUGGCUGAUCACGAGCACACGGACUUGGUGAUUGAGCGGCUAGAUGAGCUGGUUCACGUGUUAGAUCGUGGAUUCGUGGGGAGGGAGAUACCUCAAUGAUGUUAUGAGUAGGUAUGUAUAGAAAGAUAGGUGUCUUAACAAUUAUGAGGAGAAGGGGUUUAUACACAUAGAGAAUCCCAGGUGCGGCAUCGCUGUCGUUUUUUUAUACCUAUGGGAUGUGGGGGGCAAAUGAAUAGUGUAGGCAUCUACACUUGAAACCACAUUUACCUGGUAGUAUGUGUGAAGUCAAGAUCGAGAUACUUCGUGUCAACUUGAAUCGUUACCCUUUUAUAAAGGCAACAUGAAAAUACGGCACAUAGAUCUCACGAGUAUCAAUCAAACAUCACCCAGUCACACCAAC